CAGAGGGAGACAGAACCGACCGAAAUCCGCGUGGCAGAAGAAGAGCAACCAGAGAGUGAACUUCCGUGUAAACAAGGUCGUGGUUGGAUAACAUUUGCAUGACGCCAGCUCGCGGCGGGUUCGGGCUCCUAAAGUUCGGGUCCCGGUUCGAGGAGAGGGUCUCUGCUUCAGGAGGUGAGCGCGGGUGAGAGAAACCUGAGGAAAAUGUCGGGCGUCGCUCACGUGUCCAGAGUCCGCGCGCUCUACAAAAGGAUUCUGGUCCUGCACCGGUUCCUGCCGCUCCACCUGCGAGCUCUGGGAGACCAGUACGUGAAAGAGGAGUUCCGGAGACACAAGGGGGUCACGGAGGUGGAGGCGGGACGCUUCAUGGUGGAGUGGGAGAACUACAAGGACACCCUGCAGGCUCAGGUGCUGGAGGCGGCGGGCCGGGGGCCCGGCUCCGUGAAGUUCGGUGCUGACCUGCCGGAGCAGAGACUCAGCGACUUCCAAAACGAGCAGAUCGGGCAGCUAUACGAGCUCAUGCUGGAGUCCACAAAACCCAACAAACAGUUUGACGUCCGCGAGGACGAACGCUGAUGCAGCGGGCCGCAGAGGGAGGAGGGACAGUGUAUCAGAGGAUCAGAGGGGCAGGAUCUCGAGGCCUUCAUGGUGCUUUGAAGAUGUUGUUGUCUCGAACUUCGCUCUUGCUCGCAGCAGAAACACUCCUCAGAACUUCUGACCAUUUCAGCUGCAUUUCUGUCUGACUCUUGAAUGGGUGGGGGCAGGGGUGAACAAUAUGAAGAAUAAAGUCAAUAUCUGCCUCAGAAAA